AUGAAUGCGCUCAAACUUCAGAAGCGGUUCCCGCAGCUGGACCAGGGUGAUAUCUUCUCGCUCCAGGAUGCCUUCAACCGACUGGAUGUUGACGACCGCGGCUAUCUUGAUGAAUCCACUGCGAUCAAAGCCGCUCAACAAUCCGAACGUCAGCCGUACGACGUGGUGCGCCAGGCGCUAAAGGGUGUGGAACUUGACAGCUCCCGCCGCGUGGAGCUGGAAGACUAUGUCGAUCUGGUUUCGAAGCUUCGGUCGGCACCCGCAGAAGGUGCCCGCGGUGUAUCCAGCCCCGCAGCCGUGAUUCAAGGAGCUGGCGCCGGUGCCGGCACUGGCGCUUCUCGCCAUGUCUCCAAGGGCAGUGUUGGUGGACGUAUCCACGUUCAAGGAUCCUCUUCCAAUGUCACACACACGAUCAACGAAGACGAACGGACCGAGUUCACGCGACACAUCAAUGCUGUCCUUGCGGGAGACCCGGAUAUUGGCAACCUCCUACCUUUCCCUACCGAUACAUUUGAGAUGUUUGACAAAUGCAAGGAUGGCUUGGUUCUGGCAAAGUUGAUCAACGACAGUGUGCCGGACACCAUUGAUGAACGUGUUUUGAACAAGGCCGGAAAGAAGAUCAAGCAACUGAACGCCUUCCAUAUGACCGAAAACAACAAUAUCGUCAUCAACUCCGCCAAGGGCAUAGGGUGCUCAGUUGUGAACAUUGGAAGUGGAGAUAUCAUCGAAGUGCGUGAGCAUCUGAUUUUGGGUCUUAUCUGGCAGGUCAUUCGUCGUGGUCUCCUUGGAAAGAUUGAUAUCAAGCUUCACCCGGAGCUUUACAGACUUUUGGAGGAGGAUGAGACUCUCGAGCAGUUCCUGCGCCUGCCCCCAGAACAGAUUCUCCUUCGCUGGUUCAACUACCACCUAAAGAACGCGAAAUGGGACAGACGUGUGACAAACUUCUCUACUGACGUGAAAGACGGUGAAAAUUACACCGUUCUCCUCAACCAAUUGGCUCCAGAUGUCUGCUCUCGUGGCGCUCUUCAGACUCGAGACUUGCUCGAGCGAGCUGAGCAGGUUCUGCAGAAUGCCGAAAAGCUUGAUUGCCGAAAGUUCCUUACCCCGACCUCGCUGGUUGCUGGAAACCCCAAGCUGAACCUUGCCUUUGUUGCCAACCUUUUCAACACUCACCCUGGUCUGGAUCCGAUCACCGAGGAGGAGAAGCUCGAGGUCGAAGACUUUGACGCUGAAGGUGAACGAGAGGCCAGAGUCUUCACUCUCUGGUUGAACUCUUUGGAUGUGCAGCCGGCAGUCAACUCGCUCUUUGAUGACCUUCGCGAUGGCUCUAUUCUGUUGCAAGCGUACGACAAGGUUAUUCCUGGAACGGUCAACUGGAAGCAUGUGAACAAGCCCCCAGCGUCUGGUGGUGAGAUGAUGCGAUUCAAGGCUGUGGAAAACACCAACUACUCGAUUGAGCUCGGAAAGCACAACGGAUUCUCUCUUGUCGGUGUCCAAGGCGCUGAUAUUACUGAUGGCCAGCGAACUCUCACACUUGGCUUGGUGUGGCAGCUGAUGCGUCGCGAUAUCACUAACACACUCUCUGCGCUAGCCCAGCGCUUGGGCAAGCGUGAAAUCACCGACACCGAGAUGAUCCGCUGGGCCAAUGAUAUAUCUAGCAGCGGCGGAAAGUCCUCGACGAUACGAAGCUUCAAAGACAAGUCCAUUGGAACUGGUAUCUUCCUUUUGGAUGUGCUCCAUGGCAUGAAGAGCAGCUAUGUGGACUAUGAUCUAGUGACCCCCGGCCGGACUGACGAGGAGGCCUAUGCCAACGCCAAGCUCUCGAUCAGUAUUGCCAGAAAGAUGGGCGCCACCAUCUGGCUGGUUCCCGAGGAUAUCUGUCAAGUCCGAUCUCGUUUGGUCACUACGUUCAUUGGGUCUCUCAUGGCCACCCACGAGAAAAUGUAA